AUGAAACGAGGAAACUAUUCCAAAGAAGAUUUUCUCAAAGCUGUUGAUGAAUAUAAAAAAGGUGUUGCUUCUGCUCAAGUAACAGCUAAAUAUAAUAUACCGAGUAGUACAAUACGUAACCAUAAGUCAAAUCCAACUCGAAAGAUUGGAGGUGGACGUCCUACCAUAUUGAAUAAAGAUCAAGAACAGUAUCUAGUUGAAUUAUUAAAAAAUCUUGAAAUAAAUGGUGUCCGUUUAACGAAAUCUGUGGUGAGAAAAUUAGCUUCUGAAUAUGCUGAACAUGUUACUGGUAAAUCUCUUGAACUCGGUCGGAAAUGGUUGCUAAAUUUUUUAACUCGAUGGAAAAGUGAACUAAAAUUAAUUAGAGAGGAAAAAAUUGAAUCAGGUCGUCGCAAUGAUUUCACAGAAGAUGUACGUCGCGGUUGGUUUGAAAAACUUGGUGGUAUUCUUCGAACAAAUAAUUUAAUAACAAAACCACAUGCCAUAUUUAAUUGUUGUGAAAGUGGUUUCAGUGAUGAGACUUCUUGUGAAUGGGUGAUGGUGAGCCACGGGACGAAACAUGCAUACGAACAGUGUGGUGGAAGCGCGAAGAAUUUUACGACAAGUUUAAUUUGUGGCAAUGCUGCCGGUGAUAUUUUACCUCCGUUUGUCAUAUAUGCAUCAAAAAAUUUAAAUCCACAAUGGACUGUUGGUGGACCACCUGGCUCUAAAUUUGCUUCAUCUGAAUCUGGAUGGAUUACGAAGUCCUUAUUUGUUCAAUGGUUUAAAUGGUUUGUUGAAUAUACAAAGGAUGUUACAAAAUACCUUGUUCGAACUGGUCGUACAACCAUUCGAAAAAUCGACUUGCCAUCAUUAUUCAAUCAAUUAUAUUCAUCCGCAUUUACACCUAAACAAGUAGUUGCUGGAUUUUCACGUGCAGGUGUUUGGCCGUUCGACUCCAACGCGAUGAAGGAAAACGUGGCAAGACAACCAUUAGCAGCAAAACAACUCAAUCAACAACCGUCACCAUCAAAUUCAGCAAAUCAAUCAACAUCUUCAACACAAGUUAUUGCCGGUUCAAUUAAUCACGCUCCUGUUACAACAUUAUUUAUUUCUCCAUCAUCAUUACAUCCGCAUGAUCAAUAUACGUCAUAUGUGGUGCCAGAAUCAAAUUAUUAUGAUGAUAAUAAUUUACCUUGUAUUGUAAAUGGAAAUCAUUCAAAUUUUGCACCAACAACAGUACUAGAAACUAAUUUACCAAGUACAACAAAUCUUGAUUCAUCUUCAAUCUCUAGUCAUAUAAAAGACACUGCCCUACCACAAAACACAAACCGAAAUUUGGAUGCAUCCUUUUCAUCGUCUAUCGAUGCUUUUGAUUUACUUAGUUUCCCAUCAUUUGACUCGAAUGCAAGUUUUAAUUCAAGUUUAUUCAAUAAUUUCGAUUUACAAUCUGGUGAAUUGAACAAUUCACUUUUACCUAUUGAUAAAAAUUUGUCGUUUAACCAAAUAUCUGAAUCGUUAGAAAACUUUUCCAAAGUACCAAUACGUGAUGUUAUUUGGUAUGACAAUGAUGGACAACGAAUUCUUGGAUUUGAUCCACUUACCUUACCAAAACCACUAGGUCAACACUCUGGUUAUUCAAAUGACGUUCUACAACCAAAAAUGUCAGUGACUGAUUUUGAAAAAGAGAAUGAUGAGAACAAUCGAAUGUAUACCGAAUUGCAAACAGUUACUAUGCAACGUCUUGUGGCACCAUUCGAGAGUUCACAACGUGCUCCAAUAAAUAUUGAUACAGAAAUGAUUAAUCCAAUACCAUCAACACAACUAAGUUCUCCAAGUGCAGUACGUUCAAUUGUUACUAAUUUGAUUCAACAACAUAUUCCUCCUCCAUCUUCAUCUUCGAACACAACGAAAAGAACAAGAGGAGAAGGCAAAUAUUGCGAAGAAAUUACCUCGAGUAACAGAUUAAAUGAUCUUAAAGAAAAAUCAUCCAAGUUAAGUUCGAAGAAACGAUCAAUUAAAUCAACAACACAAACCAGUGAAACAUCAGUUUUUGCUAGUGGUGAUGAUUUAGAAGUGACCAAGAAAAAAAAACGUAGAAUUUAA